CUCGUUCCAGCCUCCAGCCAGACCUGGAGUCGUUCUCGACUCCUUGUCCGUAACGAUCAAAUGUCAUUCACAUCUGUUCCGAUACUGGACUUGGCUUUGGCCAACGACCCCAAGACCAAGCCACAGUUCCUAGACGAACUCCGCCAUGCCCUCAUGGAAGUUGGGUUUCUCUACCUGAAGAAUGUUGGUAUACCAGAUGAGCUGUUUCAGCGGGUGAUCAAAGACGGCCGAGCCUUCUUUGACAUUCCAGUCGAGGAAAAACUCAAGAUUGAGAUGAAGAGGGCGAAAUCAUUCCUGGGAUAUUCACGUCUUUCGGCCGAGAUUACAGCCGGUGCCGUCGACCACCGCGAGCAGAUCGACCUCUCGACGGAGCACCCGGUCCCCGGACCAAACGAUCCUCUCUACUACAAUCUGUUAGCGCCGAACCAGUGGCCCUCACCGUCCGUGCUGCCAGGAUUUCGCGAAACCUUGACCGAAUACAUGAACCGCAUGGGUGCCAUCUCCAUCGACUUCACCUCCCUCAUCGCCGAAGCCAUCGGCCUACCAGCGGACGCCUUCAACAAGUACUUCGACCCGGACCAGCAACACAAGCUCAAGAUCGUCAAGUAUCCGGACCUGCAGGAGCUAGGAUACGGGGACGGAGUCCAAGGCCAAGGGGUGGGCCCGCACAAGGACAGCAUGCUGACGAGCUACCUCCUGCAAGCGAGCCCGCAUCGCGGCCUGCAGGUGCAGAACAUGCGCGGGGAGUGGGUCGACUGUCCUCCCGUGGACGGGACGCUGGUGGUGGCCAUCGGGCAGGGGCUCGAGGCGCUCACGCAAGGGGUGUGCGUGUCGACGACGCACCGCGUGCUGUCGCCGCCCGCGGGGCAAGGCGCGCGGUUUUCCAUCCCGUUCUUCCAGGGCGUGCGCGGCGACGCCGAAUUCGAGGACCUCGAGCAGGUCGGUGUUGGGGCGGUGCCGGAGGAGAUCAAGGCCCAGCGGAGGGCGGUCCUCGAGCGGAACGGCGGGGAGAGGCUGGACGACGUCGAGUUCACCUUCCGUACCGGCGGCAAGGCGCGGACGCUGGGCGAGGCGACGUUGCGGAACCGUGUCAAAAGCCACCCUGACGUAGGGGAGAGGUGGUACCCGGACAUCUUGGCGGAGAUUCGGGAGGAGCAGGAGAAGCUGCGACGGGAGAAGGAGGAGGCGGAGGCGCGAGCCGGGUCUGUGACGACGGCGGCCAUUGGAGCUCAGCCCGUGACAGCGCACUGAGCAGGGACGCAGGGAGGAAAUGUAGCAGGCAACUCAAUUCGUAGGCGCAAAUACAUUCUCCAAGUGCCCAGAGCGAAAUUUUGUUACCACUAUUCCUCAAGAACCAGAUCGCAUGGCGUGUUCUGAUUUAUCUUCUCUUUCUUC